AUGCUCUUGAACCUGAGAGGAGAGCGAGUAUACAUUGGAGAGGCUGCGGCCAUAUCCUUCCUCCAAUUUGUCCGUGAUACUGUCGCAGCUCAGAUUGGGCCGUCUCAGUUCUCUCACAACGACCAGAGCGAGAACAUGCUCGAGAAUGAACCCGCCAUCAACGGCUCCAAUGCGCCAACGCCUGGGUUAAUAGAACUGGACGAAGAGCAGCGGAAUUCCUUGAUUCAAGUUUUUUAUGCGGCUACGGGGGGCUUUCUCGAUUUAUUCUCCCCGGAGGAACUCGAACAGCUCUCAUCCGUCCCGAGACAAGAGCGGUCCGAAAAUCUCCCUCGUCAUAUCGAGGCUGUUGCUUCGGUUGCCAUUGCGAUCGGGGCGCAAGUCAAAUCACCGCUCGAGUCCCAGCAGAUCAGCCAGGCCUACUUCCGACACGCGCAACGAAAAGCCUUCUCAGGCAUGCUGGAAGACCCCAACAUCAACAUUGUACGCGCUUUUCUGCUCAUGGCAUACUACAUGCUGGGCUCGUGUAGGAGGAACUCUGCCUUUAUGUAUCUGGGUAUCGCUUCACGCGCCGCCGUGUCACUAGGUCUCCACAGCAAGGACUCCUAUCAAGAUAUGAACAGUGCACAUCGCAAAAGCCGGUUAAAAAUAUGGAUGAGUCUCUGCACGCUCGAUAUGACUGUCAGCUCUCUUCUUGGUCGGCCAGCCGCGACCUCGGGCCUGCGAACCGAGCUGGAUGAAUCCCACAUCGGUACCCUCGCCAACCACGAGGACGAAGACUUGUCCGCUCUUUUCGCCGUAUAUGGCAUUCUUUCCAUCACUACUGAUGUAGUGGAGGUUUUAUACAGGAAGAAAGUGCCUUCAGUGGCGUUGAUUGAACGAUCAUUCGCCAGAAUCGAAGACUGGAGUCGGUCGAUUCCCAAAUCUAUGCGUUCAAGACCAACCCCGACAGUAUACGGCACUCCAGAUCGCCAGGAUGUCUACAGAUUACAUAUUUCCUGUUUAUACUAUUUUGCCGUGACGCUGGUCUCUCGGCCAAUUCUGAUCUCGCAGCUGACUUCCCAGUCGAAUGCAUCAGCAACCACACUGUCGCCUCUGGCAUCGGCCUGCUUAGAUGCCGCAGUGUUCCUGGUCCAAACAUGCACAGAAGCGAAAAGGUCUGGCACCUUUUUCGGAAGCCUGUGUAUUAUGAAGGCUUUGGUCUUUGCGGCGGGGUUGAUCCUAGGCUUUGACAUGUUUGCCAAGCGCGAGCUCGACUUUGAAAUCGAGAAUGCGUUUUCGGGCGCAAAGGAGAUACUCGACUUCAUCGCUGAGCAGAGCGCGCAGGCCGCGCACUACGCCGAGAUACUCGCGCUGCUGUCGACCGCCAUCGCCGAGCAGCGUCGCAAAACGGCAUCAAAGGGCCGGAGCAAGCUCGUCAGUCGCCUGUUUCCCGCUUGCGGAGACGACGCGCUUGGUCGGGGAGAUGGCGAUGCCCAGUUCCGACCAUCCGAAGCGGCGGGGCAGGUUGUUGGCGAUAGGCUGCCGCCGGACGGUACUGGCCACUGGCUGCUGGGACAGCCACAGACUUUAUCUUCAGAGAUGGAUGGUGAUUUUAUAGCUUCGCAGCGGAAAGGCGUCGCGUCACUCUUGAGAAACCUCAUCAGCAAGCCCCCAUCCAUCCCUCAAGCCGAAUCAACCAUACACACCAAAAACACUUCGAACAUGGGAUCCAACACACCGUCCACCUGGCGGCCGCUCGACGUCGGUGUCGUCGGCGGCGGCAUCGGCGGCAUGUCCGUGGGCAUCGCGCUGCGGCGCGCCGGCCACCGCGUGACCAUCUACGAGAAGCACGACUUCGCCGGCGAGGUCGGCGCGAGCGUGUCGUGCGCGGCCAACGGCACCCGCUGGCUGCACGCCUGGGGCGUCGACGUGGCCAAGGGCGAUCCGGUGGUUCUGCGGAAGCUCAUCAACCGCGACUGGAAGACGGGCGAGCCGGUCAGCGUGUACGACCUGGACGACUACGAGGAGCGCUGGGGCUACGUGUACAACAUGUUUCAUCGGCAGUACAUGCACACGAUGCUCAAGGACUGCGCGAUGCAGGAGGAGGGGGAGGGGACGCCGGUCGAGCUGAUUGUGAAUCACCAGUGUGAGAGCAUCGACCUGGACAGCGGCACCAUCACCUUCAAGAACGGCACCACCGCGCGGCAUGACCUCGUCGUCGGCGCGGAUGGCAUCGGCUCCGCCGUCCGCGGCCAGCUCGGCAUCCACCCGGCCAAGCGGCCGUCCGAGUCGAGCUGCCUGCACGCCAACGUGCGGACCGAGGACGCGGUGCGGCUCGGGCUGGUCGACUACUCGCAGCAUGCGGCGCUCGAGUACUGGGGCGGGCAGGAGGGCAAGUGGGACAAGAUCGUGCUCUCGCCGUGCAACGGCGGCCGGCUGCUUUCCUACUACUGCUUCUUCCCGCGCGCCGUCGGCGACUACUCGACGCAGCAGUGGGGGGCGGAGAGCCGACCGGUCGAGGAGCUGCUGGCGCCGUACCCGCAGCUGGACGCGCAGGUCAAGGCGCACCUGGCCAUCGGCACGGAGAUCCAGCCGUGGCGGCUUUGGGUGCAUGACCCGUACCCGCACAUUCAAAAAGGCAGAGUCUGCCUCCUUGGCGAUGCCGGCCACCCGAUGAUGCCUCACCAAAGCCAGGGUGCAUGCAUGGCCAUCGAGGACGCCGCCGCGCUCGGCAUCAUCUUUGACAAGCAGCACUUUGCCGGCGACAUCGCCGAGGCCCUGGCGCUCUACCAGGACGUGCGCCUGCCCCGCGUAACCCGCGUCCAGGCCGCCGCCGCGAAAGCCGCGUACAACAUCAACGAGAGAAUAGGCUUCUCCACAAACAAAGACUGCGGCACGUACAAGGUCGAGGAUGAGAAGAAGAAGCUGACGGUGGAGGAAAUGAACUCGUACGACAUGUACAAGGACAUUGACGAGAUGCUGGCAAGGAGACGUGGGACGGUGUUUGGCGAAAAGUUCAGCCGCGGGCUACCCCUUGGGCUGAAGCUGCCGAAUGGCGUGGUGGUUGGCGAAGAUGUUCAAAUAUAA